AUGACCUCGUUGAACCACACGUCGCAGACAUUCACCUUAAACACUGGAGCUGAGAUUCCAGCGGUCGGACUGGGAACUUGGAAAUCUCCGCCUGAUUUGGUCCGGAAAGCAGUGUGUCAUGCGAUCCAGAAAGGGUACCGACACAUAGAUACCGCGUUGAAUUAUCAAAAUGAGAUCGAGGUCGGCCAGGGCAUUCGUGAUUCGGGAGUGGCGCGGGAUCAACUCUGGGUGACCACUAAACUCGACAAUCCCUGGCAUCACAGGGUGCGUGAAGGCUUUGAAAAGUCACUGGGCGAUCUCGGAAUCGAUUACAUCGACCUGUAUCUGGUACAUUUUCCGUGCUCGACUGACCCUUCCGACCCUUCUAAGCAUUUGCCGGACUGGGACUUUGUAAAGACAUGGCAGGAAAUGCAGAAGCUUCUGGACACCGGGAAAGUCAAGAACAUUGGUGUAUCGAAUUUCCAGAUCCGUCACCUUGAGACGCUUCUCAACGACCCGUCCUGCAAGGUAGUUCCGGCAGUCAAUCAGAUUGAGCUGCAUCCAGCGAAUCCAUCGUCUAAGUUACUGGAGUACUGCCGAUCGAAGUCGAUUCACUGCACAGCAUACUCCUGCCUCGGAGGAGCAACUGAUAAUCCACUUUUCGAUGAACCUGUGGUAUCUCAGAUAGCAGCCAAAACCAAGAAGACGCCAGCCCAGAUUCUACUUAUGUGGAGCUUGCUGAGAGGAUCGAGCAUAAUUCCGAAAAGUGUAACUUUUUCCAGAAUUGAAGAAAACUUCGACUUGGACGGCUGGACAUUGACCAAGAGUGAGAUGGAAGCUUUGUCGGGGAUCAAGACUCGGUUCAAGGUCGUUAAUGAUUCUUGGAUGCCGAUCAAGGUGUUCUUCGGGGAUGAUGAGUGA